GCUGCUAAAAACACCGAACCCAUUCACCCUUCGAGCCUAGGGAGCCCAGGUGGCACAGUUGGUUUGAUUUCUCCGACUCAUGCAUCUGAAGGGGCGCUAUGCACUGUGAUGGGUCGACAAAUGUCCUGGAUCAGCAUUGGGGCUGACCGCUACCCAGAGACCGUAGAGGCUCUGAUGGAUUUGGGAAAACUGAGAGACAGGCAAAAGAGUAUGGAGGCCCAUGUGGGACAACUGCAGGCAAACAAGGCUGAUCUGAGCCAGCUUCAACAUCUGCAUGAUCUCCUCACUGCCAUAGAAGAGAAGCAGAUUCCCGAUCAUGUGCCAGAACAGCUGAAUCAUCUGAGGACUCUUGUGGACAGCCUUCUAGCAGAUAAAGAGAAGAGCACUGGUCUGUUGAGUGACGUCCAGGAAUCCAUGCUGCAACUCCAGGCCGAGUUUGAAAAACUCCACAACACAUCAAACCGCCUGAUGGAGGAACACAGCAACAAGCAGACCCACAUCGAUCAUCUCUACAAAAUUGUGGAGGAAUUGGGUGUAAAGAAAGCUGACAAGGAGCUGGUGGAGAUUGAGAUUGAAAUCAAAGCAGAUAAACAGGCUCUGGAGAGCAAGGUGAGCUGCAUGCAGUUCGACAGCAUGACUGAGAGGCUCAGUAACAUGCUGCAGGAGCUGGUCAGUAAAAUCAGCGGUCAGGAGCAGGACUGGAACAAGGUCAUUGAGAAGAUCUCCACCGAAAUGGACUCCAAGUUGAACCGCAUUGAGCUGGAUCCUCUGAAGAAACAGCUGGACGAGCGCUGGAGGACCAUCCAUAAGCAGCUGCAGACGCCUCAGAUGCCCGAGCAGGAAGACGCCGCUGGAAUUAGGAAACAAUUAGUGGCCCGCUUUCACUGCAUCUCCUGUGACCGUCCAGUGGAAAUGCUGACGCCAGGACAGCACCUGAUGUCUCUUCCAUCGGCUCCAGGGCUGCCAUCACACAAGUCCAGCCGGCCGUACACUGUCUAUGAGCUGGAGCAGGUGCGACAACACUGCAGGAGCGAGAGGAUUCCGGAAAUGGCGGACUACAGUUACCUGUCCCGCAGCUGUGGAGGCAGCCACACACUCACGUACCCCAGCCGCCGAUACACACGCCUGCAGCACAUCACACACCUGAUCCAGAGCCACGAGGAGAGCCGGCCCAUGUCCACCGGCCCACCAGCACAGGCUGCAGAGGUGAACAUUCUGGGCUUGAAUGGGCAGGUUUACAAGGGUCGAAUGAACAACAGAGGAGUGCGGCUCUCUGAGUCACGACUACCCAACAUCUCUCCUCGAGAAGGUCAGUGGAGGAGCAGAGAGAAAACAUCGAGCCGCGGCCCGUCACAGAGAUCCAGUGCAGCGAGUCCUGCUCGACCUCACAGCGCCAUGACCAAAGCCAGCUGCUCAGCGUCCAGCAGCUCGGUCAGAGAUCGGCCCACGUCCUCCAUGGGCUGCCUUUCCCAGGACGUCCCGCUCCCGCAGAGGGACCUCGGCCAAUCAGAGGACGAGCCGGUGACAUCACUCUAGAGCUCGUCCAAUCACAGCGGCUCUGUGGUGGAAUGAAACGUUUACAGAAGUGCGGGAUGAUUUUUAAAAAACGAUUAUUAAUUAAGAAAGAGGUUUAAGAUUGAACAUGUUCACCACCGCUCAGAUUAAAUAUGUCAGAUAAUAACAGUCAUCAUCAGUGAUUUCACAUCCUUAAACAGACCAUCUGAAAGGAAGAUCUGUCGUGAAUUUACUCACCCUCAGAGGCCGGCACAUUUCAAAGCACUUCACAAGACUUUCGAGCAUCUCGGUACAUCGGGAAUAUCCUAAAUACCGAAGUCUAAUUUGUGAAACUGACAUCAUCAGAGAAGGACUGCGAUUCCAGAGUGGAAGUAGAGGGGCAGAUUUAAUUAAAGAUUAUCAAAACUCAUUUUCAUUCAUGGAUUUACUUGCACCGUUUAAUUGUGCUAACAAAAUAACCACUUUAAGGCUUUCAUUUUAUUUCAGAGCGCCUAGUAUAUAGAAACGAGCAGCAUGGACAUUUCUCAAAACAUCUCCUUUUAUAUUCCACCUAUAAUAAUAAGACCUAUUGGUUUGGGAAGUUAUCCCGAAUCUUCAUCAGAUCAGGCUUACAUCAGAGCAUUUCAGUAUAUAGAAACGAGCAGCAUGGACAUUUCUCAAAACAUCUGCUUUUGUAUUCCACCUAUAAUAAUAAGACCUAUUGGUUUGAGAAGUUAUCCCGAAUCUUCAUCAGAUCAGGCUUACAUCAGAGCAUUUCAGUAUAUGGAAAAGAGCAGCAUGGACAUUUCUCAAAACAUCUCCUUUUAUACUCCACCUAUAAUAAUAAGACCUAUUGGUUUGAGAAGUUAUCACGA